UACGAUUAGUCAUAUUUCUCGGUUCCGCGGCAUCGCCUCGCGGCCAACACGUCGUCGUCCCUCCUAAGGGUUAGUCAAGUGGUGCGGCGGAUCUUCCCGGGUUGGUCACGGUUUUUUCCCGGUGUGGGUGUCGUUCCGGGACGAUUGCAGAGUGCGAAAAAGUGACCACGCGAUCAACCGCAAGAAGGAAGGAAAAAAUCGUCCCACCGGGUUUCCCUCGGGGAAGGUGCGGCUGACCUCUUCUCUUACGCUACUGCGGGAAAGUGUCGUGUGACAUGGAAUUCCUUUCGUGGGUGUGUAAUUGAUUGUGUGCAGUGCUGCAAAGUAGUAAAGUGCCGGAUCAAUUCCCGGAGAAGCGAAAAGGAAAAGCGAGUGGCCGCCACAAGUCGCAUUUUUUUGAUUAGCGGUGUUUUAUGAUUUCCUUUCGGUCGAUGUGUUGAAAAUCGUCCGACGAGCCGAAAAGCAAGAGAGAGAGAGAGAGUGCAUGCUCCGGAAGAAAUUCCCCUCGUCGUUCCGUAGAAAUCCGUGACUCCCCGUUGAUCCGCGGGGAAGUUCCCUGAAUUGAAUCCCAGUGACCAAUCACACACAUCACACUCGCAAGGAUGGAGCUGCUGCGGACCGUGUCGGACACGUUCUGGUCGACCCGGGUUUGGCUGCCGCCGAACGUCACCUGGGAGGACAUCCGGCCGGGCGUCCGGGCCGACGUCGAGUACGCCGACUAUCGGCACCUCGUUUGGCCGCUGCCGCUGGCCGCUAUCAUCUUCGUGAUAAGAAUAUUCGUCGAAAGAUACUGGAUCGCACCGAUUGGCAAGGCGAUCGGAAUCAAAAGCACAGGUCCGAAGCCCCCCAUCCCGAACAAACUGCUCGAGACGACGUACAGCGCCAACAGUCGGCUCAACCACAAAAUGAUCGUGAAACUGACCAAGCAGACGGAACUCAGUGAGCGACAGAUCGAGCGAUGGUGGCGCCGCCGGAGAGCCCAGGACAAGCCGACGACGCUGAUCAAGUUCUGCGAAAACUCGUGGCGAUGCAUUUACUACACGUACAGCUUCAUCUUCGGCUGCAUCGUAAUGUGGGACAAACCGUGGCUGUGGGACCUCAAGCAGUGCUGGUACGGCUACCCGCAUCAAUCCGUAACGAACGACAUCUGGUGGUACUACAUGAUCUCGAUGGCCUUCUACUGGUCCCUGACGGCGUCCCAGUUUGUCGACGUCAAGCGGAAGGACUUUUGGCAGAUGUUCACCCACCACAUGAUCACGAUCCUGCUGAUGGCGCUGAGCUGGGUGUGCAACCUGCACCGGGUGGGUUCGCUGGUGCUGCUCGUCCACGACUGCGCCGACAUCUUCCUGGAGGCCGCCAAGAUCACCAAGUACGCCCAGUAUCAAAAGGUGUGCGACACCAUCUUCGCCGUGUUCACGGUGGUGUGGAUCGUGACGCGGCUCGUCCUCUACCCGCGCAUCAUCUACAGCACGUCGGUGGAGGCGCCGAGCAUACUGCCGAUGUUCCCCGCCUACUACAUCUUCAACACGCUGCUAAUUCUGCUGCUGGUGCUGCACAUCGGGUGGACCUACCUGAUCAUCCAGAUCGCGAUCAAGGCGAUCAAGUCAGGACAGAUGGAGGGCGACGUCCGGUCGAGCUCGAGCGACGAACUGUCGGACAGCUCGGAGAACGCGCGCCCGAUCGUGGCCUCCAACGGCGGAACCCCAAAGAAGCAGCCAACGGCGACGCAAUCCCCGAGUAAAAAAGCCUCCAACCAGUCAUCACCCAAGAAGAAGUAAUCCCACACGCGGGUAAGCUGUUGAACGGUAUAAUCAGUAGUGUUUGAGCGAGGUUCGUGUGCGAGGUGGGUGAGCUAGAAAUGAAAUUUACUAAUUCUUGAAAUGAUUUGAAGAGAA